AUGGGUGUUGAUUCAUAUAAUCCAACUGUGCGUGCACGCCUCACAAAUGCACCGAAAACACGGGUUCUGAACUUGAAGGAAUCUGCUCUCCAUCGAGUUCCUGAUAAUCUCAGUGCACUGACCAUGCUCAAGCAUCUGGAUGUGAGCAUAAAUUAUCUCACUCAGAUACCACCUUUUAUCGGAUCAAUGUCACAACUCAAAGAAUUGAAUUUGGCCCGGAAUCAACUUGAAGCUCUUCCUACUGAAAUUGGUUUGCUACCCUGUCUAGAAGUGCUGAAAGUUUCACAAAACAAACUCACAGAUCUUCCCGAUCUUUCAAAGUGUGUUCUAUUGAAAACUGUGGAAGCAAGUGAAAAUCAUUUCACUGCUUUCCCAUUGGGUGUUUGUCAUUCUCCUAGUCUCGAAACAUGCAUAUUCACAGACAACCGAAUUGAAAGUUUUCCUGACGAAAUUCAUUCACUGCGGGCAAUCAGCUUGAUCCUCAACAAAAACCGGCUUCUCUCACUCAACACCGUUAAUUUGCUGCGCUGUGAACGAUUGCGCGCUGUGAACGUUGACGAUAACCAACUGAAUCACGAUGAAAUCGAGCAAUUCGUUGCUAACGCUCCACGAGAAAUUCGAAUUUCGUUCGAUGGAAAUGUGGCUCCAAAACAUACGGCUGAUUUGCAGGAAAUGGGCAAUGACUCCUCGAAAUCAAAGUCCGUCACCAGCAAUGCCCGCAAACUCAUUGGUCAGUCGGGUCCUUCCACAUCAACUGUUAAUAAACACCUUGAGAUGGCAAGCAAAAGUCGAGUUCUACAACUGAAGGGAACUGGACUGAAGAAAAUUCCUGAUGAAGUAGAGCAGUUAGCAGGAGUAUUGCGGAACUUGGAGUUGAGCGAGAACAAAAUCCGCGAGAUACCGGUUUUCAUCGGACUGUUCUCACAAUUAAAACAACUUCAUUUAUCCAAUAACUGCCUAGAAAGUUUACCAGAUGAAAUUGGUUCAAUGAAAAAACUAGAAAUUUUGAACCUUGGAGGUAACAAAAUCAAGAACCUACCAGAUACGAUAGCUGGAUGUACGGACUUGCGAACGAUUGAUGUCUCCUCUAACUCUUUUUCGGAGUUUCCUAUUUCUAUUAUUGCCUGUUUGCAACUUGAUAUACUAAACUUGAAUGAAAAUCAAAUUGAAACACUUCCUGAUGACGUAUCAAAAUUGCAAGUCAUUGAACUCAGUCUCAGCCAGAAUCGUCUAAAAACUUUGAAUUCAUCGAACCUCUCAAAAUCUCAUCGACUUCGCACUCUCCGAGUGGAUGGAAACUGUCUAGAAAAAACUGAGUUUGCUCGUGAUCUUCUCGAAUCUUCUACUGUGUCCGUUAUCACUUAUGAUGGGAACCGUUUCCAGUUGAAAGAUUUCCAAGACUUGCCCGGAUAUGAUGCUUAUCAAGAACGAUUCACCGCUACUAAAAGAAAGAUUUAA